UGCUAAAGUUGUAAAUUUUAAAAAGAAACCAAAUUGACCCUCUCGAUCAUUCUGUUUUUCCCCAAAUUGGUUCCUCUUCCUGAAUUUUCUCCGGAUUCGACAUCUUGCGUGCAAAACUGCAAACCCUAAGAAAAUAUGGAGGAUAUAUUUGUAGCAAUCCUUUCAAUGCUUCUUCUUGUUGCGUUGAUUCCACUUUACCUAUGGAAACGCCGUCAGGUCCCGCAGUCACGUGACGAACACGAUGAACAACCACAGCAGAUUCAGCAGAGAGAAGCUGUUGUAAGACCUACUGGUGCUCGAAGUCGGAUGCGCAGACGGCAUACGUCUGCAGCUAGCUCAUCUUCAGCUCCACAAACUGUAGAAGAAACUGAGGAUGGAAGUGAUGAAGAAGCGGUGGAAGGGGAAUAUUAUAAUGCGAAAGCGUCGAAGAAGAAAGGCAGGAAGAAAGAGGAACGACAAGCGCAACGCCAGGCUGAGGAGGCUGCAAGGGAGUCGAGAAAUACGAAACAAGAUCGUUAUGCCGAAAUGCGCAGGAGGAAAGAUGAGGAACAUGAAGCAAGGGAACGGAUGCUGGAAGAAGAAGCUGCGGCUCGAAAGGCCAAAGAAGAGGAAGCAGCAGCUUUAGAGUUUGAGAAAUGGAAAGGCGAGUUUUCAGUAGAUGCUGAAGGUACUACAGAAAAUGAAGUUCAAGAUGGAACCCAGGGUUUACUUUUUGAUUUUGUUGAGUACAUUAAGAAACAGAAAUGUGUUCCAUUGGAAGAUCUUGCUGCAGAAUUUAAACUAAGGACUCAGGACUGUAUCAACCGAAUCACCUCAUUGGAAGAUAUGGGGAGAUUGUCGGGUGUAAUGGACGAUAGAGGAAAGUACAUAUACAUCUCACAUGAAGAAAUGCAGGCAGUUGCAGACUACAUCAAGCGUGAAGGUCGGGUCAGCAUUGCACAUCUAGCAAGCCAGUCAAAUCAGUUCAUAGAUUUGGAACCCAAAUCACAGCUUGUCGAGGAUUUAGGCAUUGCAGAUGAGAUUACAGUUGCUUGAUCCCGCGUGUAUAACAUAGACCUUUGGAUCCGAACUUAGCUCAGAACAAUUUACUUGUCUUUCAUCAACUCUGGUUUUGUUUUAGAAACAUGUUCUACAAGUCACUAAUAGUUGUCACACUAACUUUGGUAACAAAUAUUACUUAUUUCGUCCAAGUUGCAAUGUUUGAGAGAACACAUGAUUUUA